AUGGGCAGGGGGGCUCCUGAUGGCUCCUGGGCAUCCUCACCCUGCUGGGGGCCCACCCUGGCUGCAGGGGGUCUGGUGGAGCCCCAAAUCUGCUACGUGUUGGACGCCGUCCUCUUCCUCUACAGCCUCGUCCUCACCGGCCUCUACUGCCGCCUCAGGUUCCAGGCCCGGCGAGCACGGCGAGCAAUUGAACAGAAAAAGGAAGAGGCCAUUUAUGCCGGUCUCAGCUCUGGGAACCAGGAGACCUACGAGACCCUGCAGAUGAAACGCUCGUGAUUCCCUCCCCUCUCCUCAGCCUCUCCCCUCUGUCCCCAACACCCGGGACCCCUGAGCCCCUUCACCCCUCCCCCGAUGGAAAACUGGCGCUUUUCCCCACCCUUUUACCCCAAAAAUGGCUGAUUUGGCCCCAA